UUGAUUUCUAAGCAGUGGACUACAGCGCAGAGUGGACAUGAAGAGACUGCCUGUGCACUCGUGUACAGCAACAAAACAGCCCGCACACGAGCUAAGGGUGAGGACAAGGAGAAGUCGCUUUGCUGGUGAUCAGUAAAGCAGGAUGCUUCUGUGCAUGGAUGAAUGAGGAUGCUGACGCUGUAUGCUGCUCGCCGUUCUGGAGACGUGCGGCACUCUUCACUCCGCUUGGUCACACUGUAGUUAUUGUAGUUACAGAGUCUGGACAUUUUCUUUAUACUCUCUCCUCUCCUGUUGGAAUUUGUUCUCGCUGGAUGCCGGGAUGCCUGCUUCUCCUCUCGUCACACCUUCCUUGGAACUGCAUGGUUCACCUGGGUCACAUUUUCAGUUCAGAAAAUAUGGAAUUCCUGAUUAAUCCAGAAAAAUCACAUCCCUGUGUUGUGGGGACAGCCCAGCUGACGGUUCACUCACCCUCAUCAUCCGUUCAGUCGGCUGGGCUCAUCCUCCGGUCCUCACCUCUCGGGCUUCCUCCACGGCGCCCUCCCGGCUCCUCCCUGCUCCUCGCCUCAACACCCGUGCCUCGCCCGCUCCUCGGUCCUCCGUGCCCGCGUCCCCUGCCGUCCACCUCUCCUCCCUCACCUCUUCCCUAGCCCCCUCUGUGAACCCUCAAUAAAACCUCCUUCCCUCUGA